AUGAAGAAAUACUCCUCCAAAAUCUUCAAAACCAAGAUACUAGGUGAGCCAACCGUGGUGUUAUGUGGCACUGCCGGUCACAAAUUUGUGGCUUCCAACGAAGAAAAGCUCUUUGUAGCAUGGAGACCUCACUCAAUGCAAAAGCUCUUCCGCUCUUCUUACCAAAAAGCUGCUUCCACCGUCAUACCAAGACAAAUCGAAAAGCACGUAGUUCGGGCACCGGGGUUUCUGAGAGCCGAAGCCCUGGUUGGCUACGUGGGAGGGAUGGAUUCCAUGGUUCUCGACCACCUGAAAACACACUGGGAUGGCAAACAGGUGGUCGAGGCUCAUCGCCUCACGCAGCUACUCGUUUUGACUCUCUCGGCUAAGUUCUUCAUGGGACUCGAAGACCAUUGUCGUAUUGAUAAGCUUGCGGAGUUGAUGGACACCAUGAUGCUGGCGCUUCACACUGUUCCUGUGAAUAUUCCGGGAACUGCAUUUUAUCAAGCAAUGAAAGCAGCGCAGGCUGUGAGGGAGACUAUUCAGUCGUUUAUUAAGGAGAAGAAGGAAGUUAUGGCUUCUACCGGAAACAAAAUGCAUGAUCUUUUGUCUUAUUUGAUUGCUACGGCAGACCCGGUUACCGGAAGGUUCAUGCCGGAGAAUGAAAUUGCUGAUAAAAUUAUGGGGAAUGUGGCCGCUUCGUUCAACUCUCCAGCUAUGACUACUACUUUUAUCGUGAAGUUCCUGGGCGAAAGACCUGACAUUUAUGACAAAGUUCGAAUUGAACAACUGGAGAUUUUGAAGUCCAAAAAAUCUGGCGAGGCACUCAAUUGGGAUGAUAUGCAAAAAAUGAAGUAUUCGUGGAACGUAGCCCUGGAGGCGAUGAGGCUCAUACCACCUCUUCAGGGAACAUUUAGAGAGGCUGCAACAGACUUCACUUACGAAGGUUUUACAAUUCCUAAAGGAUGGAAGGUUUAUUGGACAGUGAGCACCACAAACAUGAACCCUGAAUAUUUUCCAGCGCCAGAAGAGUUUGAUCCUACAAGAUUCAAAUGGGAACUUGUGAAUCCUAAUUGCAAGAUCUCAGGUGGUAUGAAUCCCUUUCCAGUUGAUGGGCUGAAGGUUCGCCUCCAAGCUCAACCCAUUCAAGCUUAA